CCGAGAUAGUUUCAAGUAAGUGGAAUCGUAGUCGAUUUGAAAGUUAGUACAGUGAAAAGUAACAUAAAUGCAGUUUAUCUCGUGUAACUUGCGACUUGUUUGCAAAAAAGUCACACAUAAUAUAUGCAAACAUAAUACGAUUUAUAAACAGUUACUUCGAAAAUUUAUUAUCACUACUAGGUUAACUGACUUCAGUAAGUGGGGUACGAAAAAAAAGGAUCGUAAAGUGAAAAUACAAAUUUUACAGGAUAUGUCGGAUCCAAAGAUUGAAGAAAUCUUGUCUCCCCUUCGAGAUAGUGUGAAGGAACAGGGUGAUUAUGUGCGAAAACUUAAAUUUGAUGGAGCUCCAGAAUUGGAUAUUAAAAAAGCAGUUGUUGAACUUAAACUUCGAAAGAAAUUAUUAGAAGAGAAAGAAUUGUCUUUUUUAGAAACAAUAACAUUUGAUAGAGCAAGAAUGGAAGAUCUCUUGAAACGUAGAUUUUUUUAUGAUCAAUCCUUUGCUAUUUAUGGAGGAAUUAGUGGUCAAUUUGAUCUUGGUCCUAUGGGUUGUGCAUUAAAAACAAAUUUGUUAAAUACAUGGAGAAGUUUUUUUAUAUUAGAAGAACAAAUGUUAGAAGUAGAUUGUUCUAUUUUAACACCAGAACCUGUAUUGGAAGCAUCUGGACAUGUAGAAAGAUUUGCAGACUUAAUGGUAAAAGAUGUGAAAACAGGGGAAUGUUUUAGAUUAGAUCAUUUGAUUAAAUCUCAUUUAGAAAAAGUGAUUAGUGAUAAAAAGACAAAUGAAAAUACAAAAACAGAAUGUAAAAAUAUUAUUAUUAGAUUAGAUGGAAUGACUAAGGAUGAAAUGGCUACAGUUUUAUCUAAAUUCAACAUAAAAUCCCCAAUUACUGGAAAUGAUCUAACAGAACCAAUAGAAUUUAAUUUAAUGUUUGGAACUCAAAUUGGUCCUUCUGGACUUGUGAAAGGAUUUUUAAGACCAGAAACUGCUCAGGGUAUUUUUGUAAAUUUUAAACGAUUACUUGCAUUUAAUCAAGAUAAGUUACCAUUUGCUGCAGCUCAAAUUGGAAAUGCAUUCCGUAAUGAAAUUUCUCCUAGAUCUGGUCUAUUAAGAGUAAGAGAAUUUACUAUGGCAGAAAUAGAACAUUUUUGUGAUCCUAAUAAUAAAAGUCAUCCCAAAUUUGAAACUGUAAAAGAUCUAAAUGUAUUGUUACAUUCUGCUUGUAAUCAAAUGGAUGGAAAGAGUGCACAGUAUAUGACUUUAGGUGAUGCUGUGUUAAGUAAACUUAUAGCUAAUGAAACAUUAGGAUAUUUUAUGGGUAGAAUUUAUUUAUUUUUAAUUAAAGUUGGAAUUGAUCCGAAAAAAUUACGUUUUCGUCAACAUAUGGGAAAUGAAAUGGCUCAUUAUGCAUGUGAUUGUUGGGAUGCUGAAUGUCUAACUUCUUAUGGUUGGAUAGAAUGUGUUGGCUGUGCAGAUCGUUCUGCUUAUGAUCUUACACAACAUACAAAAGCUACUGGAAUAAAAUUAGUAGCAGAAAAAAAAUUGCCAGCACCAAAAAAUGUUGAUGUAUGUGAAAUAGUAUCAAAUAAAGUUAUGAUUGGAAAAAUAUUUAAAAAAGAUAGUAAAUUAAUACAAGAUGCUUUAGCAGCAUUAACUGAGAGUAAUAUUAAUGCUAUAGAAACUGAAAUAAAUGAAAAUGGAGAAACUGAAUUAAGACUUUCAAAUGAUUCUACAGUAAAAAUUACGAAAAAUAUGAUCGAAAUAAAACGAUAUCAAAAAACUGUACAUGUAGAAGAAAUAAUUCCUUCUGUAAUUGAACCAUCUUUUGGUAUUGGCCGUAUUAUGUAUGCUAUUUUUGAACAUAACUUUAAAGCAAGAGAAGGAGACGAAAAACGAACUUAUUUUAGUUUACCACCAGUUGUGGCUCCUUUAAAAUGUUCGGUAUUACCGCUUAGCGGUAAUAACGAAUUUAUACCAUUUGUAAAACAAUUGUCUCAGAAUCUUACAAAAAUAGAUGUUUCGCAUAAAGUAGACGACUCUUCUGGCAGUAUUGGACGUAGAUAUGCUCGAACGGAUGAAAUUGCAAUACCAUUUGGUAUUACUAUAGAUUUUGAUACUUUAAAAACUCCUCAUACUGCUACACUUCGUGAACGAGAUAGUAUGGGACAAGUUAGGAUAAAUUUGGACCAAAUUCCCGAAGUAGUAAAAAAUUUAUCCAAUGGCAAACUUACAUGGUUGGAAAUCGAAGAAAAAUAUCCGAAAUUUGAACAACAAGAAACAACAGAAGCAUAAUAUACGAAGUCUUUAAAUUAUUUGCGAUAUAAAAUUAUAAACAAAUUACUAUAAUAGUAAUUUUUAUUUUGUAUUUAUAUAACGUGCAUUUUAUAGGCAUUUACUUUUAUGCUAUUUUGCACAAAUAAUAAUU